AUGCAUUUGCGCGUACGUCCUCACACGUCCUUGUGUCCAACCAACACCAUCAGCUAGCUAACUGGCUAGCAAAUAGCUUUCCUCUUUCGCACAGGUGUCGCUGGAGGACCUUUGGCUGGGUACUUCGGACUGAGCGAGGUAUCGGCCAAUGUAGCAUUGACAGUGUUGCCCCGUUGGUCCUCUCCUGCCCUCGCACUGCAUGGCUUCACCUGCCAACGUCUCCCCUCUCGUCACUUCACCCCUGGGCCACCACUCCCUCAUGCUUUGGUCACAGGCCCCACACAGACUGCCCAAUGACCGCCUGGAUUGUCCUGCCCGUCAGCCUCGCUGCCUUCUCCAUCACAGGAAUAUGGAUAGUCUAUGCCAUGGCAGUAAUGAACCACCAUGUUUGUCCUGUAGAGAACUGGACGUACAAUGUCACAUGCACUGAAGAGACGGCAAGGAGGGGUUUCCCCAAGACAUGCUGCACGCUACAGGAUAUACCUCUGAUCAGCAAAUGUGGCGUAUACCCCCCAGAGAGCUGUCUCUUCAGCCUGAUCGGCAACGUGGGAGCAUUCAUGGUGGUGAUGGUGUGUAUGCUCCGCUAUGCCCAGGUGAUUGAGCAUAGUCACCACUGUUGGACAAACACCAGUGCCCUGGUGUCAGGCUGUGUCAACGCCUUAGGUCUGGUCAUGGUGGGAAAUUUCCAGGUGGACCAUGCCAAAUCUCUGCACUACGUGGGAGCGGGCGUGGCGUUCCCCGCAGGGCUGCUGUUUGUGUGCCUGCAGUGUGUGCUCACCUACCGAAUCGCUGAGACCACCCUGGACUACUGGAUGGCCCACGUGCGGGUAGUCCUCUCGGCCGGGGCCCUGGUAUCUCUCGUCCUCAGUGGCGUUUUCUUCAUCCACGAGAGUUUCGUUCUGCAGCACGCAGCCGCCAUCUGCGAGUGGGUCUUCACCGUCAUCAUCCUCGUCUACUACGGCACCUUCACCUACGAGUUUGGCACCGUCACCACUGACACCAUGAUGGCCGUCCUGGCGCAGCGCAGCAGUCUCCACCUCCACCACCACCACCAGCCCACAGGCGUCAUUAUGGGGGGCAUGGGUAGCAUGGGGGGCAUGGGCAAAAGCGCGGCCAUGGGGUGCGGCCCCCACGGACUGAAGUCUCCAGGCGGUGGUAGCACCUCUGCUCACCUCACCUGUAACCCUGAGAGCACCGCCAUGCUGUAACCAGGCAACCGCACGUCGGUUCUACCACACCAACACUCGAAAACCUCAACAGAGUGUUCAGCACUGCCCACAGCGUAGCACUGCUACCUAAGGGUGUUUCUUUUCAUGAGAAAACAAAAAAAAAAAUGGGACAGAGAAGUAGUAGUAGUAGACGUAGUAGAAAUAGGCUGUGCUUGAGUCUCCCUCCCCCACCUAAAGUUAUUUAAUUUCACUUUUUUUCGCGAGCGUGCUCCCAGUUCUCAAGGCAGUAUUUGCAGCGGAUGCGUGGGGAUGGGAUCCAGAGUGUUGUCUGUUCCGAUGAAUGUCACGGGGACAAAAAGCUGGGAAUUGCAGAAAAAGCGUGUACAGAUGAUCAGGAUGCUUGGCCUGUACCUCAGCUCGAUGUGUGGAGAAUGCUACUCUCCCUCACAUUUCCUCACCCACUAAUGCACGCAGACACACACACACCCACACACACACACAGGAUAUGUUACGCAUGCCCCAGUGUGCCAUCACUCAGUCGUCCUGUGAUGACGUGGUGAACACUACCUCAGCUCAAGUGAUAAAUAUGUUCCCUUUUCAUAUGUGGUUUCAAAGAUAAGGGAAAGGGGGAGUAGACAGCAGCAAUAUUUGAGUGUUUUGUUACAGAUGUGAAGUCACUCUUAACAGCAAUAUCUGGUCUGUGAAAGUAUUUAAUGCAAUACCAGAAGGAAAUGAUUAAUAUUCUCAUAGUCUGUUACCUAGCAUUAGUGAGUCUAUAUGAAGGAAAACAAAGCUGAAGAGAAGUCCUGUACAUGUAUAGAUGAAGUGAGAGGAAGAGGAGGAGGAGAGGAAGAUUGUGCCCGAGAGCCCAGCACUGUAGGGCAACGGGGUGAUAUCUCCAACAGUGCCUCUGGCAUGGCACAGCAGAUCUUUUCCACAGCAGCCAUUUUAUAUGUUGUUGUAUGUAGCUGAGCAAACAGAACUGAAUCUUAAAGCAUAAAUUAUUGAUCUUUAGGAGUGUGGCGCUCUAGCACGGGCAAGCUAACGUGUGAAGCUAACUAAUGCCUUGAGCUUCAAUUGUGUUUACUCCUCUAUGGCAUGCCAAAAUGGCUGCUGUGAAAAACGUCUGUUGAUAGCAUUUGCCAGUUUGAAGCUGGUAAGCAAGUAUAUCCCACCGGCAUGGGAUAGGAACCCCUGCUGGCUGGUCUUCUUGGCAGUACAAGCAGUGGGUGAAGGCUCAGUCGGAGCAUUGCAUGGCCAACCUGAUGUGUAGAGGCUCCCUGUUGAAGACUGCUAGUGUCUGGUGAAACCUUAGCUUAACUAAUGUGCUCAAUGUGUCCCAUUCCUUUGCUUGUACUGUAAUUAUCACAUUAGUGCAGAAUGCCCUAAACCGUCACUGAGCUAUAAUCAAAAAGAAGUUGACUUGAAGGUUUUUAUUUUUUAUUUUGUUUUACUAUUAUUAUUAUUAUUAUUAUUAUUAUUAUUGCUGGAAGGGAUCCAUUUUGUAUAUUACGCAACCAAACAAUUACACCACUUUCCCUCUGUCUUCCCCAGACUCCCUUCCCCUGAAUGUCUGUAGCCUUGGUUAGGAUAUGACUGACAGAGACAUCAUUGCCCAUAUUGGUCUACUCGGCCUGACCCGCUGGAAAUAUUUUUCACUUUCUUACAGAGCCAAUCAUGGACACUGGAGUUUUUCUUUGGAGCAUACUUGUUGGUAGCAUGUCGAAAUGAAACAAUUUCACUAAAUAUUACUAAAAAUGUUUUGAUUCAGCAUCCCUGAUCCCACCUUAAAUCUGCAUUUUUCUAUGUAAUGCCAUGUGUAGGUAAAGGAUAUGGGCGUAGCUUAGAAGAAAAAGUGUUUGUGAAGACUGAAAGAACAAACUGGGUACCAUUGAGUCAUGAAAGCAUCACAGGCAAACUUUCACAAUCGAUCCUACACAAUGCAAUAGAGAAAAUGGUUGUCAUUUUUAUUCACUUAUUUUUUUACUGAGAAAAAAAAGUUGUAUGAUUUGAAAACUUGAAUAUUUUUUUCAUACAGUUCCAGGAAAAACCUUGUCGAUAAGCACUGUCAUAUGUUUCUGUGAGUUUUUUUAUGUAUUAAGUUUCACUUUUUUUUAUUGAAGAGCCCCAUACCAUAAGAACAUGGCAAUAUAGAGACAGAGCCAUUCCACUGUCAAUGCAAUAUACCGUACCUCUGUAGCAUUUCUACUACAAGGGGCACAAAAAUAACUGUUGUUUUAAUGUCAAGCGAGUGUAUGUUGUGUGACAUGACGCACACAAACAAUGUAACAACCUCGGAAAUCUGCAGUUAUAGGGUAUGCAGGGAAGGCUUUAGUAAGAACUAAAUUUAUAUUUAGGACAGUGUUCAUUUGUAAUUUUAACAUUGUUUUAGGGUUAUUUUUGUUGUAUGGAAUUUCUAUUCUAGUCAGACAACUGAAAUGAGACAAUAAAUGACUAUUUAUCACUGUA